ACCUCUAGAAACAGCCCGGUUUGGGAAAUCUGUGCCAUUUCCGCGCACGAUUUUCACUUUUGAGGGCACUCGGAGGGUAAGAGGUCGCAAAGUUGGAAAAUAUUCAACGUCACAACACAAAGUUUAUAAAUAGUUAGAAGGUGGAAGUGAGAGAAUGGAUCAACAUGUCUACUAACUUGUCCGUUAUUUUUAUUUUCACUUCGGACAUUGUGUACACGCAAACGAACGUUAAAACCACCGUGCAAAAAUUGACGGACAUUGUAAAAAUUCGGUAAAUAAGACUCGAAACUGGGUGAUUUAUUUUUAGUGCGCUAAGCAACCGAAUGGUUCGCGAGCGAUUUUGUGCAAGUUUAUCGGUUUGUUGCUAUUAUGUCAGAGGCAUAAAGUGGUUAAAUAAACAAUUGCGCAGGUAGAACUUUAUACCACUGUUAUGUAAAGAUGGUGCAAAAAAAGCGAGACCGGUAUGGAGGACACGAUUCUCAAUCACCUGGAAAUUUCGGUGGCAGAGUCUGAAAAACGCGCCAACGGAACGCUUAAUCUACGCGAAUUUUACACAGUUUAUUUAAUUGAGACCAAAUUAACAGACAGUGAAUUCCAAAACAAAUUUCCUAAAUUAACAACCGUAUGGCGGCGUUAUACAGAAUUCGAGCAACUGCGGGGCUAUCUGGAGGUCACCUACCCGUACAUAAUUUUGCCCCCUUUACCCGAGAAGAGAGUCAUGUUUGGGUGGCAAAAAAUCUCAAGUGACACUUUCGACCCGAAUUUCGUCGACCGGCGAAGGGCCGGCCUCGAAAAUUUUCUUUUAAGAGUCGCCUCACACCCGGUUCUGAGCUGGGAUAAACACUUUAUUGAGUUUUUGCAGCAUGAGGAUGACUGGAGGGAGACUUACAAGAGCAACGGUUACUUGCAGCUGAUGGAAAACAAACUCAAAGCCUUAAACCUCUCAAUGAGGCUCCGAAACACCGACCCUAGAUUCGAAUCAAUCAAAGACUACAGUCACGUUUUCCAAAACAACUUAAACAACUUGCUUAAGGCGCGUUCCCGCGUCGCUGAAAAACAAUACAACGUGCACAAGCUCCACGCCAACUACGGCCGAGUUUUCAGCGAAUGGAGCGCCGUUGAAAAGGACAUGGGCGAUGCCUUGCAAAAAACAGGCCAUUAUCUCGAUUCUUUGGCUUCAAGCAUUGAUGCGGGGCUUGAAGACGAGGAACUGCUAGUGGACCAAUUGAAAGAGUACUUAUUUUUCGCAAAUUCGCUACAAAACGUGUGCAAAAACUACGAGUACCACCAACUACAACUCGAGAGCGCGGAAGACAACGUCGCUAGCAAAAAUGUGGAGAGAAAUAAAGCCCAGCAGGGCAAAACUAGCCUCAUGUCGAGGCUUUUUGGGGCUGUGGAUACAGACGAAGUCAGGGAACUCAAAGUCAAUUUGUUGGACCAGCAGAUACAGGAAGGGGCAGCAGCUGUCAACGUCUCAAAAACUAAUUUAAAUGAUUUUUCCACAAAGGCCUUAGAUGAUAUUGAACGAUUUCAGAAACAAAAAGUCGUUGAUUUGCAAGAAACGUUAACGAGUUACGCGUUCUUGCAAUUAAAAACUGCCAAAAAGGGCCUCCAGACCUGGCUUCAGAUACGUGAUUGUUUGCAAAAUGUACCUUAAUUUUUUGUUUGUUAUUUUUUAUUUAUGUGCAAUCUAUUUAUGUACUCUAAAAACAGUAUUUAUAUUUCUAUUGUAGCUUUGUUAAAACUGAGGCUGUACGAAAUACUCUUAAAUAAAUUAUUUUUGUUUUA